GGGGGCGUUCGCUGGUUGGUUGCUUUACGAGUCAGUCAGCACGGCUGGUUUCAGGCUCGGAUAUACGCAAGUGAUUUGGUAGAUGGAGUCGCGGCUGAGCGGUUCCCUGGUAGCGCUGUUUAUCAGCCUCCUCUGGCUGGGACAGGGAGGCUGGAGUCUGGAUAAUGGCCUGGCCAGGACCCCCAUCAUGGGCUGGCUGCACUGGGAGAGGUUCCUGUGUAAUGUCAAUUGCCAGGAGGAUCCACACAACUGCAUCAGUGAGCAACUCUACAUGCAGAUGGCCGAUGUCAUGGCAGCCGAGGGUUGGAAGGACGUUGGCUACAAUUAUGUUUGUAUCGAUGACUGUUGGCUCGCUCACACGCGGGAUGCAGACCACCGCCUGCAGCCUGACCCCAAGCGGUUCCCUAGUGGAAUAAAGUGGCUUGCGGACUAUGUCCAUUCUAAAGGCCUGAAAUUGGGCAUCUAUCAGGAUGUGGGGACCCAUACCUGUGCCGGAUAUCCGGGCAGUUAUGGCUACUAUGAGUUGGAUGCUCAGACCUUUGCUGACUGGGGAGUGGACCUCCUGAAGUUUGAUGGUUGCAAUUUCAUCAAUUUGGACUUGCUGAUUGAGGGUUACAUGAACAUGUCACUGGCCUUGAAUCAGACGGGGCGAGAUAUUGCGUACUCCUGCGAGUGGCCUUUCUACCUGUGGCCUUUCACAAAGCCUAAUUAUACAGAGAUCAGGAAAUACUGCAACCACUGGAGAAACCAUGGAGACAUCGAUGACUCAUGGGGGUCCGUGAAAAACAUCAUUGACUGGACAGCCCUCCACCAGGGUCUGAUCGCUCCAAUAGCGGGUCCUGGAGGCUGGAAUGAUCCUGAUAUGCUGGUUAUCGGGAACUUUGGGCUGAGCAAGGACCAGCAGGUCACCCAGAUGGCACUGUGGGCCAUAAUGGCGGCGCCACUCCUGAUGUCGAAUGACCUGCGGAACAUCGACCCGGAUGCCAAGGCUUUGCUGCAGAACAGAUACAUCAUUGCCAUUAAUCAGGAUCCUCUGGGUAUUCAAGGCCGGCGAGUCAGUCAACUAUUCAAUUUUGAACUAUGGUCACGGCCCCUGACAGGUGGAGGAUUCGCUUAUGCUGUACUCAACCGGGCAGAGAUAGGAGGCCCACAGAAGUUUUCCAUCAUCAUUUUUGGCCUGGAUGAUGGCAAAGCCUGUCAGGAGGAGUGCCUCGUCACACAGAUUCUUCCAGCUUUCCAAUUCCGAGGAAUCCAUGUCCUGACCUCCCUGCUGGACUUCUGGGUGAAUCCCACUGGGACUGUCCUCUUCACCGUUUUCCCUCACAGCACGGACUCCUCACUCAAGGUGGGAACACUGAAGGGGAACAAAGAGCAGAGAUCCAGGCUGUGAACUUGUGACUGCUGUUUGGAUCAGUCUGGUUAGUGGAGCCUAACUCAUCACCUAGUGAUGCUGAUCUUUUGGAACAAUUUCACUCUUAAGGAUGUUAACAUAAAUUUAAAUUUAAUUCCACUAGUUCAGUGAGUUCUCCCUUUGCCCCCUCAUGAUCCUUAAUUUCAAGGAGUCUUCCCUGAUUCCCUUGUGAUACUGAACUUCUGUCAAACAGGGCAUGUACCUUCUCAUCAAUGCUCUUCUGCCUUACUGCAUGCUAGGGUGUCUCAUUGUGGUCAUGUGGGACAGGGUUAUCCCAGUAUCUUGUAUUCACCCCAGAAGAGUACUAAAACCUUUGCUAUUUUCAGCUGCCCCCCUCCCCCACUCAGGGAAGGAGAAGGGUGGGGAUGUUUCUGAGUUGAGGUAGCUCUGCCUGAAUGUGCCUUUGAUGCUAUAAUGAUGCGCUCAGCCCACGGGUGAAACACUUAGCAGAUAACCAUUCAAUGCUCAGGAUUGGAAGCCGAACACUUGUAUCCUCAGCACACAUCUCAUUGUGUUCACUAAGAUGGAAAUUGUUUUGUCUUGGAUAAUUGCUGCUGUCCUGGGAGUUGGUUAAACAUCCAGAGGAUCAGGAAACAUCAUCCCAUUUGAAGCCAAUUCCUGAGCUCUCAGCCUCCUUAGCCAGUUCCCCUCUGAUCCUCCUGUUUUGGUAUUUACUCCCAUGUCAGUCAUUCCACAUUGUUCCUGUCCUGUGAAAGAGAACUUCUACCUCAGCUGAGUCCUUAGUUUGAACCUUGGGCUGGAUCUUAUGCUGAAACUUGACAUCGUUCUGGGAUCCAGUUUAUUGGUUCCCACUGGGAUCAUGUAUGCCUCAUGUUGGGUCAUCCUUUCCCCAUCAGACACAGAGCAUACCCAGUAAUUUUUCAUGGCCCAAUCCCAACUCAUUUGUUUGACUAUUGAAUAUUUGACUUAGAUCAGACAGCUCUCCCUGCAGUUAGACUUGAUGCCCUCAGGCACUUGCACAAACUGAUGUCUGGGUCUCGUGCCUACAAUCCGCUCCUUCAUAUGCCAUAGAUAGGCAACCUAUGAUACUUUUUUGUUUUGCUGCUGUGCAUAGGGCUCCAUCCUGUGUUAUCUGUACACUAUUCCUAUUUCAUACAAUCACAGCACAAAAGGAGAAUGUCUGCCCCUUGGCAUCUACUCUUACUGCACCCACAUAUAUCCAUUAGUGGGUCACAGCUGACUCAGAAUCACCUUCAGCUACUCAGGACUGCACUGCUUCCUCACUAUUUGCAGGUCGCUAUUUAUUGAAUAGGAUGAUUUUAGACAAUCGAAUUUUACUGGAAUUGAUUCAUUUUCUCUAAAAAUUUGUCAUUUGGUGAUGAAUUUAUAAAUGGCUGGUUCCUAACAUAGGAAUUCUUAAUCUGUUUAAUUAAAUUGUGCAAUCUC